UAUGGUACUCGGCCCGGAUAAUUCGGUACUUGCUUUUGUUUACAAAUUUACAACACCAGCAUCAACAACGGCAGUGUAAAAAGAAAUAUACAGUCAUCAUUUUCGUGAGAUUAGAAUAGGCAUUCCAGUUAAUUGUGAUAUUCACUGGAGGAUUUCGGUGCAAGUAUGACACAUUUAUAAGACAAAAAUCUGCCGAGCAUGGGCACUACAACAUAAUACUCAACAAAAGUACAACAUUCCUUUGGUUUAUAAGAGCUUCUAAAAGCAUCCAACCCACCCGCAUUCUGUCCAGCAGACCCAUAUUCACACUAACUGCAAUUAUUUUAGAUCAACAUGUCCAGUACAAAGACACAACGUCAAGGUCGUUGGUAUUUCGGUGGUAUUGCCAGUGCCGGUGCCGCUUGCUGUACACAUCCGUUGGACUUGAUAAAGGUGACGUUGCAAACACAGCAGGGCAAAUUGUCUGUGUUACAGCUAACCGUUAAAGUUGUGAGGGAACAAGGCGUUUUCGCACUCUACAAUGGCUUGUCUGCUUCCGUCCUUCGUCAAAUGACAUACUCAAUGACGCGUUUCGGUAUUUAUGAAUCAGGGAAGCAACAAAUCAAUACCGAUACAUUCCUCGGCAAAAUCACCCUUGCAGGUUUGGCUGGCACUGCCGGUGGUAUUGUCGGCACUCCGGCCGACAUGGUGAAUGUACGCAUGCAAAACGAUGUCAAAUUGCCGCCAGAACAGCGCAGAAACUACAAAAAUGCGAUCGAUGGUUUAAUCAAAGUAUAUCGCCAUGAAGGAUUCACACGUCUAUUUUCGGGCGCUACCACCGCCACCGGCAGAGGAGUUCUUAUGACAAUUGGUCAAAUAGCAUUCUAUGAUCAAAUCAAAGCAAUGUUGCUGGACACACCCUACUUCAAGGAUGAUUUGGCAACACAUUUCAGUGCAUCAUUGGCGGCUGGUGCUAUUGCGACAACUCUGACACAGCCACUAGAUGUGCUGAAGACACGUUCCAUGAACGCUAAACCGGGUGAAUUCAAGGGCUUAUGGGAUAUUGUCAAGUUCACAGCGCGUUUGGGUCCGCUCGGCUUUUUCAAGGGCUACAUACCGGCAUUUGUGCGCCUAGGUCCACACACAAUUAUCACAUUUGUUUUCUUGGAACAAUUGCGUUUAAACUUUGGCAUUUUGCCAAAAGUAGAGGCUUCCGUCGUGGCUGCACAAUAAACACAUGAAACACAUAGACACGCGCAUAUACACGCACAUACUAUGUGCUGCACACAUCACAUUGCUGCUAAGCACAAGCUGAAAGCUACUCGACAAAUGUAUAGAACAAAAUUAAACUAUAAAUGCACUGCAAGCAACUAUUGAUGUCUAGUGAGCUAUAGAUAUAUUGAUACAUACAUGUAUACAUGUGUAUAUUGCUAGUAUAAAAUAUUUUACCUUGGACAAAAUGCAAUAAUUGUCAGUCAGUUCAUGGUCAAUGAGUUUGAUAUAUAUAUAUAUGUAUAAAUAAUUGUAAUUUUGCAUUUAGAAUGCACUGUGGUUAAUUGCAUACUUAAGCGAUAAUUUUAGAAAUAUUUACAUCCGCACAGCUAUGGCAGUAAACACAAAUAUAUUGAAAUCCACACGGAAAAUAUUCAUAUUUAUUAACGCAAAUUCAUAUUUUCUUUGUAAUUUUUACUUGGUUUCAAAAUGUGCAUGUUUUUAUAACCAGUAAAAUUGUGGAAAAUUUUAAUACAGAAAAUGCUUUCUUCAUACAAACACAAAUAGAUAUAUAAAGCAGCGCAGUUUGAUUUGCAUAUUAAAUGAAAUUAAAAUAAUUGUUAUUAUAUUUGGAUUCAAUAUACCGUUAUUACAGUUAUUUUACCUUUAGAAUGAUUCGCAUUAAAUGCAACGGCUAACAGUAACUGACAUUCCUAUUUCAUAUGAAUACUAUUGUAUUUGCAAAUAUAUAAAAAUAUAUGUGUUAUAUGUAGGUGUAUUACUCUUAAUUGCAAAAUGUUUGCAAACAGAAACUAUUUAGCCAAUUAGUUGCUAAACAAGUAUGCUUGACCGCACACAAGGCUUUGCCUUUGCGCAAAAAUUGUUAAUUAAAUAUGUUUUCGUAAAAAACUAUGUAUAUUAUAAUUUCUCUUUUUUUAAUGUCAUUUGUUAUAAUUUAAUUAAAUUAAUUAAAAACGUAAAAUUGUAGCUUUACAUGGUAAACGUCAA